CCCGGCAGAGCCGAGGCGGGGCCGUGGGCUGCGGGGGGAGCGGCGGCCCCGGCGCUCGGAGACACCGACGGCGGGCAUGGGGCUGGCGCUGCUGCUGGGGCUGCUCCUCUCCAGAGCCGGAGACCUCCUGGCUCUGCCCAGGAGUGACUGUGUCGUGGCAGAGCAGCUGUGCCUCUCGGACUCCACCUGCAAUGCCACGUACAGGAUCCUGGAAAACUGUGCCCUGGCCAAGACUCGCCUCCUUCCACUGGAUCACGAUAGCAGGGUCAGAUGUCUGAAUGCAGAGCUGGACCUUGGGAACAGCUCUUUGCUGCACUGCAAGUGUCACCGGCGCAUGAAGAGACAGGAGCACUGCUUACGUGUCUACUGGACCGUUCACUCCAGCGUGACAGAUGGUUAUUUCAAUUUGGAGACCUCUCCCUAUGAGAACCCAGCAAAUGAAGAACACUGGAAGACAGAUUACAAUAAACUGGCAGCUCUGGUAUCAGGCUCGCAGUUAGCGGGAGAUGCAACAAAUCCGUGCCUGAAAGAAACUCAUGUCUGCAAUCUGAGCAAGAAGUGUGUUCGUCUGCGCACAGACUACGCCUCCAUCUGCACCAGGACAGCGGGGAGCGAGGACGUGUGUGACCGGCGCAAGUGCCUCAGGGGGCUGAGGAACUUCUUUGAGAAAGUCCCUGAGGAUUUCACCAAAAGGAUCCUGUUCUGCCCAUGUCAAGAUGAAUUUUGUGGAGAAAGACGCCGGAAAACUAUUGUUCCUGAUUGUUCCUUCCAAUCUAACACCAAACCCAGUUGCCUCUGGCUGCUGGACUUGUGCUUGGAGGACCCUUUCUGCAAAUCCCGACUGGCUGACUUCCAACAAAACUGUCAACCUGCAGACACGUCUCCAGAUGGCUGCUCUCUGCACAACCACGCUGCAUGCCUGCAGGCAUACAUGGGGAUGAUUGGCACACCCAUGACACCCAACUAUGUCAGUAACUCCAGUGUGGAGGUCUCCCUGUGGUGCACCUGCGAGAGCAGCGGCAACCAGAAGGAGAAGUGUGACCAGAUACUCGGCAUGUUUGAGAGCAACAAAUGCCUUGAAAAUGCCAUUUGGUCUCAAAUGCACCUGAAGCAGACAGCUCUAGAAAGACAGGAAGACUUGCCUUUCUCAUCUUCCUUAAGCUUCCAAGGAGACAGUGCCAGCACAUCUCUUGCUUCAGAAAUGUCCCAGGUGGCUGAAAGGAAGAUGCAGCGAGACAGCUCUGAACACAGCAGUAUGCCUUUGGCCUCCUCUGAGCAUUCUGGAGCUGCUGCUUCUUGGCCUUCUCUGGCUCUGUUCCUCCUGCCCCUGUUGCUGAGCAUUAACUUGGCAUAAAUGGAAUCUUCCCUUCCCAUAUUAUUAAUCUUAUUCCAUAUCCAGGCACGUCCCACUACAGAUUUACCUUUGGGAAACAGAAGGCUUUGAGACAAGAGGAAUGGAACAGCCUUAACCCAGAAUGGCAGUCUCUGGAAACCCCCCACCUACUUGCACCCCACUUUCCCCCCCGCCAGUUUGCACUGAGCUCUGCAGAUGUGGCUCUCACCAUUGCUUCUGCCAUGUAUGCAUUGUGAGUAACAGUCAGGCUCAUGUUCCAGUUUGAAACAAAGGUCUGAGCUCUGUCAGAACUUGUGCAGGGUUUGGUUUCUGACUGCGGGGAUGACCUGACACAGGAUGUCUGCCCACUCCACCUGCUGGAGCUCCUCCUCAGGCCUGCAAUCACUGAAUGGUUUCUGUUGGAAGGGACCUUAAAGAUUAUCUUGUUCCACCCCCCUGCAUGGGUAAGGACACCUUCUACUAGACCAGGUUUCUCUAAGCCCCAUCCAACCUGUCCUUGAACACGGCCAGGGAUGGGGCAGCCACAGCUUCUCUGGGCAACCUGUGCCAGGGCCUCACGACCCUCACAGGGAAGUUUUUCCUAACAUCUGAUUGAAACAUAUGUUCUUACAUAUGUUUAAAGUCAUUGCCCCAUGUCCUGUCACCACAGGCCCUGGUGUAUCUGCCCUUAUCACCCUCCUUUAUGUAUUGAAAGAAGAUCUACAACAGGGUCUCUACAGAGCCUUCUUCUCUCCAGGCCAAACCAACUCAACUAUCUCAGCCUUCCCUCGUAGGAGAGGUGUUCCAGCCCCCUCCUUUUCAUGGCCUCUUCUGGGACUGCUUGAGCAGGUCUAUGCCUGUCACAUAGUGGGUACCCAGAGCUGGAUGCUGAACUCCAGGUGGGGGGGUGGGGUGGGGUGGAAUGGAGGAGAAGAAUCACCUCUCAGCCUGCUGGCCAUGCUGCUUUUUAUGCAGCCCUGGCUGCAAGAUGGUUUUCUGGGCUGCAAGUGCCCGCUACCGACUCACAUCCAAUUUUCCAUCUACCCAUAUCCCCAAGUCCUUUUCUUCAGGGCUGCUCUCAAUCCAUUCACCCCCCACUCUGUUGAUCUUGAAGGCUGUCCCAAACCAGGUGUGGGAUCUUGCACUUGAACUUGUUGAACUUAAUGAGGUUUGUGUGGAUCUACUUCCCAAGUCUGUGAAGGGUAAGCAUAUCGUCAUAAAGACUGGCAGUCUGUGCUCCAGGGUGGGUUGCAAAUAAAGCUCAAUAAACAGACACAUUAAGUCCUUGGUAAACACCAUUUCUGGAUUACUUUCAGUUCCCUUUUCAAAUCCAUUUUUUAAGUAUAUGAAAAAUAGCAUUGCAGAUCAAUGACACUAUACUAGAGUUUAUAUUCUUGCUCCAUUCUGUUUUACCCCUUGCAACAUAUAUAUAAUCCAUUAUCACAGCUUGCAACACACUUGGGUUUUGUUGUUCAAGAUAAACUUCUGUGCUCAGCUCCAGAAAAUUUAGUUUUACCUAGCAAAAGAUGAUCUUGCCUGGCUUCAGGACAAACCUCCUCAGUAAUCCCCAGGGAAUGCAUAUAGCUCAUUGAAGAUGUAUUGUCCACAAAACCCCUGGGACACUCAGUUGCAAAAAUCUCCUUGUACCUGUGCACAUACUCGAGUUGCCGUUGCCCCUUCCAGCUGCCUGCCCCAUCUCCUGCUCCUCUGCCAAGUGCUGCUUCAUGACCUGUUUAUUCCGAGUGUAAAUGUGUGCACUGUGUAACUGCUGUUAGUUUGUACUGCAUUUGCCUGUUAAAAUGUGGUGUUAAGUGAAUAUUGAUUUCUAAGCAUAGGUUAACAGUCUGCAAUCAAUUGUGUUCAAGAGUUGCCUCAUCAGCCAGCCUACACUUUCGAAUAGCCAGAAACUCGGCUCUAAACAGCUCCUCCACGCACACACACAGUGCCCACUGCUCUUCCUGAGAGGCAGCAGAUCUGAACAGCACUAUACACACCCAAACAAGAUUACAGUCCUGAACAGAGGCAGAACAGGUGAGUAUUCUUUUUAUCCCGUGCUUUGUCUGUUGCCAGGGAAGCACCAGCUAGGUAAUAUGCUGUGGUUCCCAGUCACUGUCAGACGCCUUAUUACAGAAUCUUACAUCGUCACAUGUAUCAGAGUAAUUAUCCUGCUGCAGGGGUAACAUUUCCAUUUCCACUUCCACUCUUCUGUUUACUUCCUGGGCAGGGAGAACAAGGAAACCACUGCAUGGAGCAGAAUGAUCUCCUCUGCUACACAGAGAAGCAGUAUCUUAUUUCCGUGCAGUAGAACAAAUACCAUAUCUUUUUAAUAAAUAGGAGUACUAAUGCUGGUAUUUCCCAAUACCUACUGAAAUAUGGCUAUUUGGAGCAAGAGACAGCACUAGAAUGUUUGCUAGCAUUCUUUAAUAAAAUCAGAAUCCAUAUAACCAUAAUAUAAUACCUACAUUAGACCAUCCUCUAUGUGGUGGGACUAGAAAUGUGUCAACUCUUGACUGUAAUGUAAUAGCAUCUGUCAUCUCCAGAAUUUAAUGGAGAGUGACACUGAGGAAGAAAAUGUUGUUCUUUGCACUAUUCCACACAUCAGAGAGAAUAUUUGUGAGUAUAAUGGAGUAGAUUUCCCUGAGCUGUCUGUACCACACACACUGCUACACAAUGUACUGCAUUGAUCAUCUCCUCAUCUGCACUGUGAUCUUUCCUCUUUCCCAGCUUUGGUAUUCUAAGACAGGCUGAUGGUGAAGAAGGAAUGAGCAUUUUGUUCAUGUUUAGGGCACUGUGGACCUUUAGCUCUUUACCCCUACUAAGAAGGUUAUUGAUGGCAAUUGCAGUCUCCUGUCAUGUCCUGGAUUACACCACAGGAAAAUAACUUGACACUGAGGCAAAUCCUGCUCUGGACUGAAAUUAAAGCAAAAAGUGUCAGUUUGGGGUUUUUUUCUGAGUGUCCUGCAUCCCUUUCACAUGCAUGUUUAUAAACCCAGCUGCCUCGAGAGGCUUGUUCAUCAAUAACUGCAAGCAAAAUUCACCACUAACUACACCUGCAUUCACAGGUACUCACACUGCGGGGAGUACAACCCCAUUUUCACUUAGACUUUUCUAACACCUGAUCUCCAGAUAUCACAGUUUUUCAACUACACAACAUAUAUGCAUGCACAAGUAUAACUGCUGCUAGAAAUGUCAUGCCAGUAUCAGUAUCAAGAACAGUUCUGUCAGCACCACCAAUGUUCCAAGGCUGGCAGAGUUACCCAAACCCAUUCAGAACAGUUCUUACUGACCAUACUACAGGGCAGUUUACAACCCCCUCUCAGCUUCUGUUCCCAGAAAUUGGAAUACAGCAUCCUGUGAGCACAUGUGGUCUCACAAAAUAUAAUCCACAAAAUACAAAAAUAAUCCAAUAAAGAUUCUCUAUCCAGACAGUCUUAAUAUUGAGCUCUCAGCAACCAUAUAUGAAGAGGGAACCUUCUAAUUGUUGUAAUGUAGAUUAUUUUUUAAAGAGUAAAAUAAUGCGAAGUCUCACUAAUAAAAUUUAUCUUGCAACUCUA